AGAUAUUACAAUUCAGCAAUUUGAUUUUUAUUCUGCUGAAUGUAUUUAACUUGCCUAUAUCUGCUCCUGCUGUGACCUGCUGCUAAUUGCUCAGUUGUUAUGAAGGGUUUUUAAUUGUUAGGUGAAUCGGCGGUGUCAGUUUCGAAAUAUCUAUAAUAACUGCGUUGUAUAUCGAUCAAACUACGUUCUUCCCCAAUGACUAAUGAAAGUAAUAUUUACGAGGUCUGUUGAGGAUGGCAAUCUUGCGGCAACAUUAGCAUUAGAAACAGUGUUCGAAUUGUGAAAAAAAAACAUAUAUUUAUUUGUAACAUUUGUGAAGAAUAAGUUGCUGAUUGAAUAUGGCAUCCACAUCCAAAAAGCAAGCUCAUAAGAAGAAUAUGAUAAAAUUUGAACUAACCGAAAAACAGAAAUCUGAUAUAAAGGAAGCAUUUGAUCUGUUCGAUCCAGAUGGCACUGGAAAAAUUGGUAUCAAGGACCUUAAAGUUGUUUUUAGAGCCUUAGGAUAUGAACCGACAGUGAAAGAAUUGCAGACCCUCGUAGCUGAUGUUGCACCAGAAUGUCCUAAUUUAUUAUCUUAUGAAGAGUUCAUGAAAAUAAUGUUAAUUAAAAUGACGGACGUAGAAGAAAACCAAAGCGAAAUAAUAAAGGCAUUCCGUCUUUUCGAUGAUGAUAAAACAGGGAAAAUAUCCUUUAAAAAUAUCAAACGCGUUGCGAUGGAAUUGGAAGAAGAGUUGACAGACGAAGAAAUAUUUGAUAUGAUUAAUCAGGUAGAUGAAGAUGGCGAUGGAGAGAUAUCAUUAGAAGAAUUUAUAAAACUAUUUAAGAAAAUGUCAUGUUAA